AUGCAAAGAGAAGAAACAACAGAGAAACCUCGUGAAAAACAAUACAGUACCACUUCACUUUUCAUGUGAGUCCCAUUAAAACAAAAACUUCACUUUUUGACCCCUAAACUUUAAGAAAGAGAUCAUCGCUACACCGCUCCACUGGCAUUCACUGCGCUCACGCCUCCAAUGGCGUUUCCCUUCUCUUUCGUCUUCUUCUUCUUCUUCUUCUUCUUCUUCUCCGGUUCUUUCAUACCCACAAAACCAAACAGCUAAAAAACGAUGAAAGAUCUCUCCUUUUUCUUCCUCAAGAACUAUGUCGCAUCCAGAAUGCGACGACGAGGAAACUUCGGAAAUUCCUGCGGUGGAGGCGGCGGAUCCACUUCUACUCUAAACCAACAUCAAAAUGUGAUGGAAAUGGGUUCUUCUUCAACGGCCGAUCACGGUCUGAGUUCUCCUACAACGUUGGAGGAGAUGAUCAUUCAACUGGAGAUGGAGGAAGAUAUUGCCAGAAGAGCCAAACUCAGGGAUUAUUACUACAACAGUCACGAUAAUGAUCAUCUUUCGCAGUUAUAUAGUCAACCAGUUCGCAUGUCUUGCGUUAACAGCUCCGAUAUCUUAAGGUCAGCGAGGAACGCGUUGAACCAGUAUCCACGCUUCUCGUUGGACGGCAAGGACGCGAUGUACAGGUCGUCGUUCCGAGACUCCUCCGGUGCUGACGUGGCGAGAAAGAGGAGAGUGGACGGCACGCGUCUGCCUCGGACGGUGGCCGGCGAGAGAGUGGUGUGGUGCGAGCCCGGUGUGGUGGCGAAGCUGAUGGGCCUGGAGGUAAUUCCGGUGCCUGCGAAGGGCAAAAGUGGAAAAGAGAAGUUGGGUACUCUGUUGAAGAGGGAGCGCCUGAGGAUGAGAGAUCGGACGGAUGAGAGGAGACCAUCUUCCUUCGGUUUAGAGAUGAACGGCCGUGAUGGCUUCAGAGUCGGCACGACUGAAGAAGCCUCUUGUUCGAAAGGAGGGUUCCGUGGCAUGAGAUCUGUCGAUGAUGUGUUUGGGUCGCCACGUGGUGGUGGUGGUGAUGGAUGGCCCACUCUCCGUUUCAGGUAGAAUCGCCAUGAGACGACGACGUUUCGAGGUGUGGAAUUGGGCCUAGGUUAUGGGCCUUGACCGGACAGUGCAGGGCUUAAUGGGCUAAAUUUAUAUACUGCAGUGUUGCGCAUGCAUUGACUUUUGAUUAAAAAAAAUUAAAUUAAACUCUCUUAA